GUGAAAACAGCACCAUGGAACACAACACGUGCAUUCAUAUCUGCCAUGAAGGGCAAGUGUCUCCUGCAGGUGACGGGAACAGCUGAUCCCACGGGAUGCGGAGAAGGAUUUUCCUAUGUCAAGGUCCCAAAUAAACCAACUCAACAGAAGGACAACCAGACAUCUCCUCAGCCGGAGAAGAAGCUGGUCACGGGAACCGAUGCGGAUCUUAGGAGACUGAAUCUCAAGAGUGCUAAACAAUUAUUAAGGAAGUUUGGUGUCGCUGAAGAGGAGAUUAAAAAAUUAUCUCGUUGGGAGGUAAUUGAUGUUGUACGUACAUUGUCAACCCAGCAAGCAAAAGCUGGUGAAGGGGGCAUGAGUAAGUUUGCAAGAGGGAACCGCUUCAGUAUUGCUGAACAUCAGGAGCGAUAUAAAGAUGAUUGUCAAAGAAUCUUUGAUCUUCAGAACAGAGUGCUAGCAUCUAAUGAGAUAUUGUCCACAGACGAGGACAGUAGCUCAGGCGAUGACAGCGAUAUUGAAAGGAUGGGAGAGAACAUCGACAGUGUGCUAACCAACAAGAAAACCAGCUCACAGAUCUCACAUGAAAAAGAGGAAGAGGAGAGAAAAGAGCUUCAAAGAAUGAUUAUGUCAGAUUCUAAGGAUAUAAAGACUAAGAGGUCAAAUGCUGGAACUCCUCCAGGAAUUGCGUCUGGUUCCAGUGGGAUUAAAGAUGAUGAUGCUGGAUCUACUCACAGUUUUAGCUCAUCAAUGGCUGGUAGACCACUAAAAAUAUACCGUACAUUUCGUGAUGAGCAUGGUGUAGAGUAUGUACGAUCUGAGAUGGUUAUGAAGCCGGAAGUUAUUGAUACGUAUGUAAGGAUCCGACAAACCAAAGAUGAGACAUACAUCAAACAGUUUGCUUUACAUGAUGAGGCUCAUCGUGAAGAAAUGAAGAAAGAACGCAGGAGAAUUCAAGAACAACUUCGCCGUAUUAAGAGAAACCAGCAGAAGGCUGCGGAAGAAAAAAUAAACCCACCAGCCCCAAAGAAGCCUAAGAAGAAGAAGGAGAGACCAGAGUCAAAGGUUAAGUUAAAAUGCGGUGCUUGUGGUCAGAUUGGUCACAUGAGGACAAAUAAAGACUGCCCUCUAUAUAACAAAGCACAGAAAGAUGUGUUCCCGGUGGUCGUUGCCAUGACAGAAGAACAAGAAGAGAUCGAGGAGAAGCGCAUCGAUGAAGAUGAGCUGGUGAAGACGGAGGGGACCAAGAUUACAUUGUUAAAAUCAGUUGUUGAACAUCAUAAUGAGGUGCGUCGCAAAUCAUUGGUACUUCGCUUCCCUAAAGAAACCUUGCCAAAGAAAAAGAAGAGAAACUAUGAUGGUGGAACCGACUUUGACUACCUUAAGAAACCGAGACAGAAUAUGGCGAGGCGAAGAAUAGAUCCUGUAGUUGCCCUGUCAUCUAUGCUUGAACAAAUUCUCAACAGCAUGAGAGAGGUCAAUUAUAGUGAACCGUUUCACCACCCAGUGAAUGCAAAGAAGAUUCCAGACUAUUAUAAUAUUGUAGCAAAGCCAAUGGACCUCCAGACUAUGAGAGAUAACCUGAGAAAACGGAAGUACCAGUCUCGAGAUCUUUUUGUCUCGGAUUCUCAGCAAAUUGUCGAUAAUAGCAUCCUGUACAAUGGCGAAAAAAGCCCGAUGACAAUUAUCGCAAAGAACAUGCACGCAGUCUGUCUGAAGAAACUGGAAGAGAAAAAAGAAAAGUUCCUCCGAAUUGAGAAGAAAAUCAAUCCGCUUUUGGAUGACGACGAUCAAGUGGCAUUCUCAUUCAUAUUAGACAAUAUUGUGACAACCCUAAAAGCUGUACCAGAUUGUUGGCCUUUCCACAAUCCUGUUAAAGCCAAAUUUGUGAAAGACUAUUAUAAAGUGGUGGAAGUGCCGAUGGACUUGGAAACCAUUCGAAAAAACACAACACGCCAUUACUACCGCACACGCGAAGAAUUCCUCGAACAUGUGGAACUCAUAUAUGAAAACAGCAAGAAAUAUAAUGGUCCAGACAGUAACUACACAAGAAUUGCGGGUGAAAUUGUGGCAACGUGCAAACGAGAACUUGUGGAGAAUAGUGAGUAUUUAGGUCAACUUGAGAAAAAUAUCGCAGCCGCUCGCGAUGCAGCCAUGGAAGCAGCGGAGACGGACAGUCUUACAGCGCCGCACACACCAAUGAGUACGACCACAAAUGAAGAUAGUUGUACAGGAUUUGAUGACGAUAGUAUGAGUGGGUUUCCAUACUCGAAGCUGAUUGGUGGAAUCGACGAUAGUGAAUUUGUAGAUAUUGAAGGGUAUGAUGAAACUCGACAGGGUCCAAGUAAUCAACAGGAAAAUAAUGAUAGUGUGUUAAUGCAUAGAGAAGACAGUGUUUUAUUUAAAGAUUUGCAAAUAACACCAGAAAACAGCGAAGACGAAGAGGAAAGUGAUGAUGAUGGGGAUUUCACAUUUCUUCAGCAACACAGCGAAAGCGAGGAAGAAUCGGAGAAUGAGGAUACUCCCUCUCAAAGCAUAAUCAAAUCGCAUCCGGAGUCCAAUAACAACCAGAAGAUGGAGGAGGAUGAGAAAAUGUCGGAGUUUGCCGAGGAGGAAGAGGAGGAUGAAAGUGAGUUUGAUCCUACCAUGGAUGAGGUCGCACUGGAAGAUAACCAACAAAGUGAUGAGGAAUUGGAUCUGGAUGCGAACGCCGGUCACAUAAUCUACGAUAGUGAAGAGAGCGACGAAGAUGACUUUGUCGCUGUCGAUCUUGAAGAAUCCAUGGAGACAUGAUGGAACACAAUAUCAUGCAUUUUUUUAAUUUUUAGAAUAAACAUUGAUUGGGCCUAUAUCAACAACUAUGAAAUGCUUUGCUGGUUAAAAAUCGAUUUGCUAGUUUUUGCGUAAUGUGGAUAAUUUUUUUCCUUCAAUCACAGCUGCAAUUAAUUAUGUAGAUCAAUUGUUGUAAUGGAUGUCUUCUUCAUUACCGUGGCCCGCUUCCUAAAAUGUUUUGCAUUAUUUCAUGUUCUACGACUACGAUUUGCUCACGCUCGUUUAGAUUAUCUCCAGAGGUCUUGUGUAUGUUGUCAAGUGCAUAUACAGUGAUGACAUACAUCAAUAAAGUAGGGGAAGCCAUAAGGGAUUCUCCUCCCACUUGCCCUCAGGAAAUAAUCUAGCAUGAUGGAUGGUAUGAAUAUUUGUAACAUAUGAAACAUAAAUCCAGCUAAUCAUAAACAUCAGCCAAUCAUAAGAUUAGCAGAUUAAUUUUUUUUUUUUUACCUUACAUGUUUCUGAAAGUUAUUUUUUUUUCAGUUUUUAACAAAAUAAUAUUACGUUGGAGUAAGUACAGUAUUGUAAUUGACUUGUUAUAUGAAAGAUGUGUGUACUUUUGAAAGCAAUGAUUUGUAUAAGUGUAAAGCUUAUUUCAGUUGGUAUCAGAAAGCUCAUAUUUUUUUUUAAUCAUAGUAUUAUUUUUUCAAUAUUUUAUUAUACAAAUAUAAAAAGGAAUCAUCAGCUUACACAAACAAAAAAAUUAAAGAAAUCAAAUAUUAUUCAAAAAUUAAUAAAACACAAAAUUCAUAUUUACAUAGAACAAUCGCAAUAGCCAGUCCGUAUUCAUCCUUUUAUACUUGUUGAAAAUAAAACAUCCAGAGUUUCUUAUCGCGUACUUGACUAUGAUGCAAUGCCAAGUGUCCUUCUGGAUGUAAACGCUCACAAUGUGCAACGCAAAGAACAAAGCAUUUUUCUAGAUUAACAUUCUUCAAUGAAAUGUCAAUGUUCCAUCAAGUCUAAUGCAAAUACGCGGAACAGCUCAUUCUUCUGCUAUUUAAGUUGGGUUUUUUUUAAGCCUAAAGCGUGACGAAUACGUUAUCACAGCACAAAACUUUUGAACGGGAAUCAACAACGCGACAUCGUAUUUUAACAAUACAUUAAGUUUUAAAAAGGCCACUAGUACCCCCAACAUGGCUACGGUGUCUUCACUUUUUACUGUACAAUUAUUGGCCAAUGAGCGAUCCAGCCCUUAUAGUAGAAAUCAGCAGUUUUAACACUCAGUUUGUGGGACUUCAGUAACAAUACCCAAUGGGUAGGGCUUACCGUAAAGGUCCAUUAUCUGCACUGUUUCUCUAGAUUACUGCAUUACUCAACUCGCUUAAGUUGCUAGACAGUGUAUGCCUACUUCAUCACAUACCUAUUUAAGUGCCACUUAACAGCAUACCUUAAAGCAACUUUAGUGUCAUUUCCGCGAUCUGAACUCACAGUCGCGCAUUUAUUUACAAUCUACCGGUAGUGCGUAUAUUAAAGCGUAAAUUCUGUCACAUGUUGCAUUGCAGUCAAUCAGUGAUUAAUUAUUUCAGGACGUUUUACAUUUUCAGCCGACGUAGAAUGAUUCAUUAGAUCAAAAUAGUAUGACGUCAGUACUUCAGGUUUACUUUAAUAUUUUAUUCACUGCAACGAAGAUGAACACUUGAAUUCUGCUAUAAAAUAUACAUCUAACGUGUAUCGGAAAGUCGUCCACACAAUUUAUGGCUUUUGUGUAAUCAGUAUGUGAUAAGAAUAACAAAUUAUCUUAACACUGCGUAAAAUUGGUACGAUGUGUACAUAUGGAAUAAAUAAAGAUAAGAGGGUCGAUUAAGUAAAGUGGCCGUCCGUCUUUGAAUCUGGCGAUACAGCAUGUAGAGAAAAGGGGUUUUUUUUCUUUUUUGACACGUGAUCAAAUCAUGCAGACGAUUGCAAUGUUUGUUCACAGAUCCUUUUGAUGGAUUUGUUAUGGUAACUUGUUUCUUGACAACAUAUCAAAAGAGAAAAUGUUUGUAGAAAAUAAAGGCCUGUGGAUGUAUUUUAUUGAAAAGCAAUCUAAAUAAAUACGAAAUUUAAAAACGUUCACGUGUUCACUUUAUUAUUUUUUUUUCGCAGGGUUUUAAACGAUUUUCUCUGUAUUACUUUACGAUUAGCUUAGGCUAAGCUGGUGGUAACCACUGUGUGUGCGCUGAGGUUGAGCCUUGGUCCCCGCGGUUCAAUUCCCAUCGCUGCUCUCCUCGUUUUUCAGUUGGAGGGCUGAAUAGCGCACUGUCUUUCAGAUGAGACGUUUAAUCCAAUGGUCCCGGGUGCAAUUUGACCCUGUGCAUGUUACAGAACGCAGUGCACUCUUCGAACAAGAGUAGGGGAUUGUCUCUCCUUAGUGAUAAAAUGUAAUGCAUUCUCCGGGAGAUGGAGUGCGCGCCGUCGGGUUUCGGCAUUGGUCACGCAUUGUCAUGAAUUCCUGGCAAUGGCGUAAAUGGUGUCGAGAGCAGUGGCGUGUAGUUCAUUUCCUGGGAUGCGUACUUUUCUUUUCGUUAUUAGUUUAAAAAAAAAAAAAGUACUGUAUUUAUUAGACGGUGUAUUAGGAUAGCAAGAAAUGUCUAUUGCUAGACAAAUGUACAUAUUAUGUUUUAUGUUUUUUUUUCUUUAAAUCUUAUAUUGUGAAUUAUUGUUGCACAUCUCUAGAUUGUGCCUCUGUUACAAAAGAGAAACAAUAAAGUUAUUAUUAUUAUUAUUAUUAUUAUUAUUAGUGUACUGCCAAAUUUAGCACCAGAAGGACCCUACUAGAAACCAUUUAGUGGUUUAUCCUUUGUGCUAUUGUAUUUUAAAUUUGAUGUCUUUCGCUGUUUCAGUGUUUCAUUUGAGUGAUCACUCCUACAUAUUGCAAGGCUAUAGUAUAUAAUAUAAUACACAGCAGUUCCUCUAUCAAUUUGUGAUCAGUGAUUUGAACCAGAAUUCCUGGUCUGUCAUGUAGCGGCCCUUGCAGUUGUUAUGAAUUCAAAGGUGAGUACAUUUGUGGCAACAUUUACCGCGAAUAACAUAAUUAAAUAAAUGCGCGCCUUCCUUUGAAUGAGUCGCAUGUGAUUGCUCUCGAGACGGCCUAAUCACUAUGGAAUUGACUUCGACAAUAUUCCGAGAAUUUAGGUGAAUAAUGACUGUAACGCAAUUAGAUUUUUACACUAGUCGCUGAUAUGAUUUAUAGUUUAGUUCAAGUGAGGCAGUAAAGAUGUGGUUUGUGUAUGCUAGUACUGAAUAUAGUACCAAGACCUAUGUUCAUCUUCACUUGCUAUAAGUUGAGAUGGGUCGAGAUCUGUCUGACGUGGGUUUGCGUCACUCAAUUUUUAAUGCGUUUUGCGUUUGUUUACACCUUAAUGAGCUUCUUGCAGAAAAUGGUAGUUUUUUUUUUCUCGGGUUUUUUUUUGGAGGGGGGUUGUUUUUUUCCCUGCACUGCAGGCAUAUCAAUCUGUAGAAUAUAAACACGAAGGAUUUAAAAAAACGUAUACAUAAAUUAUUAGGAAUUCUAUGAAGUGAACUUAAAUUGUGAUCACAUUAUUGUGUCUGUGUUUCGUAAACCUAUCUGAUUUACCAAAUUUCAAAGCAUAUGUAUCACAUUUUAGUUUGACACACAUAAGUAAAGUUUAUAGGAUAAGAUCUAUCAUGUUAAUGAUUAAAAUGAAAUGUGUGUCACCACUUGAAUCUGGAAUAGCUUGCUAAUUUAAAAUACUUGCCUACAUGGUCCUGAGUUCAAUUAUCGACACAUGAAAUAUUCAUCACGAAAAAUAAACCAUCUUCUUUCUA